AUGAGAAAGACAUCAGGACAAAAGCAGAACAGGUUAUUGAGAAUCAUUACCAUGCCUCUAAAAGUCUUAGGCAAGGCUCGUGAUCUCUACAUCCGAAGCAUCACAGGCUGCGCAGCUCGCACUCACUACUCCUCAGCCGACGCCGUCUCCAUUCCCUUUCCGAGAAGCCGGAGCACUUCCUCUGCCUUCUCCUCCUCAGCCUCUUCCCGGACAAGACUUUCUGAUUACGACGAUGACUACAGCGAGCUGAUCAGAGCUGCUUCUGUUAGGAGUUUGGGGCAUAAGAACGAGACUGACAUGUUCAUACAGCAACGGCAGAGUAAUCACGUCGCGGUGGGAGCGGUUGCAUCGGUAGCGGCAACAGCAAAAGGCCGUUUGCCGAAGAGUUCGAGUGUAGGGAUGAAAAUGGCCAGGAUUGAAGAAGAUGAUGAAGAAGGAUCACUGAAAAAUCAGAAGAAGGGAUCUGCUUUCUUAUACCCUCGUAGCAGAUCAUCUGCUGUUACAAUUAGAGGAUCAAAGUUUUAA